AUGUGUGAUGCAUCAGACCUUGCUAUUGGGGCAGUGUUAGGACAAAGGAAAGACAAUUUGGUACAUGUGAUUUAUUAUGCCAGUAAAGUCUUGAAUGAUAACCAAAGGAAUUACACAACUACUGAAAAAGAACUCUUAGCAAUAGUCUUUGCAUUUGACAAAUUUAGAUCCUAUCUCAUUGGAUCUAAAGUCAUUGUCUGCACUGAUCAUUCAGCUUUAAAAUACUUACUUGCUAAACAAGAAUCCAAACCAAGACUUAUUAGAUGGGUUCUUUUGUUGCAGGAAUUUGACAUUGAAAUCAAAGACAAGAAGGGUGUAGAGAACAAGGUAGCAGACCAUUUAUCAAGGAUACCAUGUGAAGAAGGAAGCACACAAAGCACACAUAUAAAUGAAUGCUUUCCUGAUGAACAACUCAUGGUAAUUCACAAAGCACCCUGGUUUGCAGACAUAGCAAACUUCAAAGCCACUGGGAGUUUACCGUUGGAAUUUAACAAGCAUCAAAAGAAGAAAUUAGUAAAUGAUGCCAAAUACUUCAUCUGGGAUGAACCAUACUUGUUCAAAAAAUGCUCGGAUGGCAUACUCAGAAGAUGCAUAUCAGAGGAAGAAGGAAGGGAAGUCUUAUGGGACUGCCAUGGCUCCACUUAUGGAGGACAUUUUGCAGGAGAAAGAACAGCAACCAAGGUGUUGCAGUGUGAUUUCAUGGGACCCUUUCCCACCUCAUACUCAAAUAAUUACAUUCUUGUGGCAGUAGACUAUGUAUCAAAAUGGGUUGAAGCAAUAGCAACUCCAACCAAUGAUAAUAAGGUAGUCAUGAACUUCCUCAGAAAACACAUUUUUUGCCGUUUUGGGGUUCCAAGAGCAAUCAUCAGUGAUGGAGGAAGCCACUUCUGCAACAAACCAUUAGAGGCAUUGCUUCUAAAAUAUGGAGUCAAACAUAAGGUUGCCACACCAUACCAUCCACAGACAACUUUCAAAACACCAAUUGGAAUGUCUCCUUACCAACUAGUAUAUGGAAAGGCUUGCCAUUUGCCACUAGAGUUGGAGCACAAGGCAUUCUGGGCCUUGAAACUCUUGAACUUGGACAGCAAGGCUGCUGGAGAAAGAAGGAUGUUGCAAAUUCAAGAGUUGGAAGAAUUUAGAGCUGAAGCUUAUGAGAAUGCCAAAAUUUACAAAGAAAGAGCAAAGAAGAAGCAUGACAGCAACAUAGCCCCAAGGAAAUUUGAAGAGGGACAAAAAGUAUUGCUCUACAAUUCUAGGCUGAAGCUAUUUCCAGGGAAGCUAAAAUCAAGGUGGUCUGGACCAUUCCUUGUCACCAAGGUCUCCCAAUAUGGACAAGUAGAAAUCAUGGAAGAAAAGUCACAAAGAACCUUCACUGUGAAUGGUCAAAGACUCAAACAUUACUUGGGAGAUGUAGAGGAGAAGGACAAGGUUAAAUAUCACCUCAACUGA